GCUGCAGAAAUUGCAUGUUGGAUGUACACAAGUCAGAGACAAAUGACACGCAUGCAGAUGGCAUAUCUGGGAUCAGUACUCAGUCAAGAUGUCGGAGCUUUUGACACUGACUUAACCACCGCGAACAUCAUGGCCGGAGCAACUAAUCACAUGAGCGUCAUAAAAGAUGCAAUUGGAGAGAAGAUGGGUCACUUUAUUUCUAAUUUCUCCACAUUCCUAGUCGCUGUCAUUGUUGCUUUUGUGUGCUGCUGGGAGGUGGGUACGCUCUCUCUGUUAGUUGUUCCGAUGCUUCUUGUGGUUGGAGCAACAUAUGCUAAAACGAUGAUUGGCAUGUCGAUGACAAGGACAGCUUUCGUCUCUGAAACAACCACUGUUGUUGAACAGACUCUUUCACAUAUCAAGACUGUCUUCUCAUUUGUUGGAGAAAACUCAGCGAUGAAAUCCUUCGUGAAAUGCAUGGACAAGCAAUACAAGCUAAGCAAGAAAGAGGCAUUCAUUAAAGGACUAGGUUUGGGAAUGUUACAGAUUGCAACCUUCUGUUCGUACUCAUUGACAAUCUAUGUUGGAGCAGUAGCAGUAACUAGAAGAUCCGCAAAAGCGGGUGAGACAAUUGCGGCUGUUAUUAACAUCCUCUCCGGUGCAAUAUAUCUCUCAAAUGCAGCGCCAGACCUCCAGAUCUUCAGUCAAGCAAAAGCUGCUGGUAAAGAAGUGUUUAAGGUUAUCAAAAGAAAUCCAGUGAUAAGUUCUGAAUCAAAUGGAAGAAUAUUGGAGAAGGUCAUUGGUGACAUUGAAAUACGAGAGGUGCAUUUCACAUAUCCAUCCCGUGAAGACAAUCCAAUUCUCCAAGGUUUCUCACUGGCUGUACCAGCAGGCAAAAUUAUGGCUCUUGUCGGGAGUAGUGGAUGUGGGAAGAGCACUGUGAUUUCUUUGGUUCAGAGAUUCUACGAUGCUAUGUCAGAUUUUAGUUGUGUUUGUAAUAUGGUGUGGAAUGCAGGUGACAUAUUAAUUGACGGUAAAAACAUUAAGGAACUUGAUCUGAAGUCCCUGAGGAGAAAUAUAGGUUCAGUGUCUCAAGAACCAUCACUCUUUUCUGGUACUAUUUCUGAUAAUUUGAGAAUCGGCAAAAUGGAUGCAACUGAUGAAGAGGUCAUUGAAGCAGCAAAAACAGCUAAUGUGCACACUUUUAUUUCCAAGCUUCCAAACCAAUACUCAACUGAGGUAGGAGAAAGAGGUGUGCAACUAUCAGGAGGCCAGAAGCAGAGAAUAGCUAUUGCGAGGGCUAUUCUAAAAAAUCCUCCAAUUCUUCUGCUUGAUGAAGCCACAAGUGCACUUGAUUCAGAAUCCGAGAAGUUAGUUCAGGAUGCUCUUGACAGAGCUAUGCAAGGGAGGACUGUUAUCUUGAUUGCCCACAGAAUAUCAACAAUUAUAAACGCGGACAAGAUUGUUGUUGUAGAGAAUGGAAGAGUAGUUCAUUCUGGAACUCACAAAGAAUUGUUGGAGAAAAGUGCAUUCUAUUCGAGUGUAUGCAACAUGCAGAAUCUAGAGAAGGAAUCUGGCAAGACUGGAGAAAGAAUCACGGAGCAAGACGAAGAAGAACAAGACAACAAGCUAUCUUUUGCUGCAGAUGAUGAAGAGAAGAGAACAGAACUGACCUCAAAGCAACCGAAGCAAGGGAUCCGAAAGAGAACAUCUGCUUUCUACAGAAUAUUUCUUGGAACUUUUAAAGUCGUGCCCGGAAAAGUUCUGCUGGGUUCUACAGCAGCAGCAAUCUCUGGGAUCUCGAGGCCUAUAUUUGCUUUCUUCAUUAUAACUGUUGCCAUGGCAUACCUGGAGACAGACGCGGAGAGAAUAGUUGGCAAAUACUCGGUAAUUUUGUUCCUAGUUGGGUUCUUAACAUUCUUCAGUAACAUCUUUCAGCACUAUAUCUAUGGCCUGGUCGGUGAAAGGGCGAUGAAUAGCCUAAGGGAGGCCCUCUUUUCAGUCGCUCUUCGGAGCGAAGUAGGUUGGUUCGAAGAACCCGGGAACAGCGUCGGCUUCCUGACCUCACGUGUCGUCAGUGACACCUCCAUGAUCAAAACGGUUAUAUCUGACCGGAUGUCCGUCAUCGUUCAAUGCAUCUCUUCGAUCCUGAUAGCAACGGUGUUAAGCACAGCAGUGAACUGGAGGAUGGCUCUAGCCGUAUAUGCUAUGAUGCCAUGCCACCUAAUCGCGGGCCUCGUACAAGUCAGGUCAGCGAAAGGCUUUGCCACUGACAUCUCCACUUCCCACCAGAAGCUCAUCUCACUCACUUCAGAGGCCGUCAGCAACAUCCGCACCGUGGCGUCUUUCGUUCAGGAAGAGGAAGUACUCAGGAAAGCGGACUUGGCGCUUCAAGAACCGAUGCAGACAAUCAGGAUGGAGAGCAUCAAGUAUGGGGCGUUGCAGGGGGUUGCUCUCUGCCUAUGGCACAUGACGCACGCCAUCCAGUUGAGCUGCAGCAUCGCGCUGAUCGGCAAGGGACUAGCAACUUUUGAAAACUGUGUGCGGUCAUACCAGACAUUCGCCCUGACGGUGCCUUCCAUCACGGAGCUAUGGUCCUUGAUCCCUAUGGUCAUGUCGGCGCUCGCGGUACUGGACCCUGCGCUCGACAUUCUUGACAGAGAAACACAGAUGGUGCCGGAUGUACCAAAAGCGUCUCAUGAUGAACAAGACAGAAUUGUGGGUGGCAUCGCGUUUGAAGAUGUCAGCUUCAGCUAUCCCUCCAGAGCAAAAGUUACCAUACUGGAUGGCUUCAGUCUCGCCAUUGAGCCAGGCCAGAGGGUCGCCUUGGUCGGCCCGAGCGGCGCCGGGAAAUCCACGGUGUUCGCGCUCCUGCUAAGGUUCUACGAGCCUAGCCAAGGAAGAGUGCUCGUGGACAGCAAGGACAUCAGAGACUACAACCUGAAGUGGCUGAGGAGGCAGAUAGGGCUGGUCCAGCAGGAGCCGAUCCUGUUCAACCUGUCCAUCAGGGAGAACAUCAGCUACGGCAACGAAGGCGCGUCGGAGGCGGAGAUAGUGCAGGCCGCGACGGAGGCCAACAUCCACGAGUUCAUCAGCGGCCUGUCGGCAGGGUAUGGCACCGUGGUCGGGGACAAAGGGAGCCAGCUCUCCGGGGGGCAGAAGCAGAGGAUCGCCAUCGCCAGGACCAUACUGAAGAAGCCUGCCAUACUGCUGCUGGACGAGGCGACCAGCGCCCUGGACGGCGAGUCCGAGAGGGUGGUGAUGAGCUCCCUGGCAGCAAAAGGGUGGGGAAACAACGGCGGCGAGCCCUCGCCGAGCAUGAUCACAAGCAUCACGAUCGCGCACCGGCUGUCCACGGUCGCGGGCGCGGACAUGAUCGUCGUGAUGGAGAAAGGCGCGGUGGUCGAGAUGGGCUGCCAUGAGACGCUGGUCUCUGCAAGCAAUGGUGUUUACUCGCGGAUGUACCGUGUGCAGGUCAAAGGGGCAAAAGACUGAUUUUCUUUUCAUGGUUGGUUCUCUGACAUGGCUGCGGGGUUAAGAAUGUGAGCACCAUUUGCUUCGUUUCAGUUUUGUCUUGAUGGGAAAUAUUGCAGCUGUCUGCACUCUGCACUGGAUAAUCUAAUUGUCACCUAGAGGGUGAAUGCUAUACUUCGCUGUCUUCGACCAAAAACGAAAUGUGGAUUACUACAACUACUAACAUCAGGCGGUUCUGCUGCUUCCCCCGUGUUUCCCUGUAUUUUUUGCCGACUCAUAUAUUUACCGUGUCAAAAGUUCAGGCGGUGCAAUGUAAAGUUCAGGUGGGCAGCUUGGCCCCCUAGGCCUUUCGUAAAACAGAACUACAAAUUACAUCCAAACUCCAAGAGGGUAUUUUAUUUUGCAAGGCAGUGAAGGCAUUAUAGAGUCCAGUUAUAUUCCACAUACUUUUCCAAUAUGGCAAUUUUUUAGCUUCGCAGGGAUACCAUUCUCUUACACUUCUCUGAUAUG